AUGGUCAAAUUAACCCCAAUCUUCGUCGCACCGCAGGAGAGUGACCAAGACGCGGCCGACGGUCAGAGGGAGGAGGGGGGAGCGGUGGUGGAGCCUCGGCCAGACCGAGUUGAAACGGACUCCACCGAACACGAAGCAGACCCCGUGCCCUCAGACACAGCAGACAACACAAUUGGUGAGACGCGGGACGUGGAAGACACCGAUGGGGCAAUUGAGACGCCGGCAGAGGGGGACACCGAUGGAGCCGAGACAGCGACAGCCAAAGACAUCGAAGGGCCUGAGGCAGCGGCAGCUGGAGACGCGGAUGGCGAUGCAGCUGAGACACCAUCAGAGACGGACACUGGUGGGGCAGAAGCAACAGCUGACACGACGGCUGCCGCAGACGGUGGCAGCAAAGGCGAAGAGGUUGUGCUGUUAAACAGCGGGCGCGAGGAAACGCUGGCAGUGGGAGAGACGGCCCCCACAGAGGCGUCAGCACCUGACGAGGUGGACGAGGGGGAAGCUCGGAAUCUGGAUGGAGCGGGCCCGGAAAUGAUCGUGAUGGAGGGGGAACAGGAACCUGCACCUGGUGCUGAGGGUGAUGGGUCACCAGUGGAGCUGCUCACGGAACAGCCCGACGGUCAAGACAGCACAGAGAGAGCGGAGGGAGACUUGGCUGCGGCAGAGGCAGCGGAGGUGGCACAGAGAGAUAGGACCCCCGCAACACCAACCAUCAUCGCGCCCGACGAGGAGUCUGAGCAGUCGACGGAGGAGGCCGUGUCACGGGAUCCAAGCGCUCACGAUGGACAGGACUACGUCAAGGCCGGGGGCGACGGAGCCAUGGUAGGUAAUUCAGAUGCAGUAGAGGAGCAGGACAUGGAGGACACCGUGGAGGGUGAGAUGGAGCCACAGAUGAGUCAUGAGGAGCUUCUGGAAAAAUACCAGGCUCUGCGUGAGACCCAAGAGAAACUACUUAGUCGGAAUGGGCAGCUGCAGCACAAGCUCGCCGAUUACUUUCGCCGCAAAAAGGGCGAGGACGGACGAGUGGAAGUGGAGCGCGGAGGCCUCGACCAGGAGCAGAAGUACCUCAAGUACAUGGUGGCCAUUGAGGAUGUGCGCCGCCAGGAACAGCAGCAGCGGCUGGCGCUGGAGCGGCAGGUGGCGGACCUGUCUGCACGGCAGCAGCAGCAACAGGAGUGCGUGGAGGCCGAGUGGCGGGCGUUGGCAGCCUGCAAGCGGCAAGCGGUGCUGGCAGCAAUCAGGACUCGCAUUGGGAGGCAUGUGUCCAAAGAGGAGCUGAAGCAGAUGGAGCAGAGCGAGGAGCGCAAGGAGGAGGAGGUGGCGCACGUGCGCCUGCAGAACAUCAAGCUGAAGAACCGGCUGAGGAAGCAGGAGCAGCUGCUGCGGUCCCGUGAGGAGCUGGGCGAGGGGCUGCACCUCAUCGACUUUGAGCAGCUCAAGAUCGAGAACCAGACCUACAAUGAGAAGGUGGAGGAGCGCAACGAGGAGCUGCUGAAGCUCAGGAGGAAGAUCACGUGCACCGUGCACAUGCUCACGCAUGUCAAGGAGAAGCUGCAGUUCGUGCAGGUCGAGAACGAGGAGCAGAGGGCAGCUCUCGCCUCUGUCGAGGUCCACGUGGCGCAGAGACGAGACACCCUCACGAGAACCAAGCAGGCCCGGGACGCCCUGCGCACUGACAACACCCGCCUGCGCCGCCGUGCGGGGCUGCUGGGGAGCCCCCAGCUGCUGCGUGACCUCGAGGUGGCAGUGGACGGCGCCGAGCGGCUGCGCGGGCGCCUGCAGGAGCUGCGCGCGCGACACGCCGGGCUGGCACUGGCCGCGCGGGGCGUGCGCGCCAAGGUCGAGCAGGCCCGGGCCGUAGCGGCCACCGGUGACGGCGCCCGUAGAGGAGGAGGAGGACUGUUGAGCGCGUACGGCGCCGGCGCUCUUGCGUGAAGCCCACUGGGGCUCGGUGGCAGCCAGCAGGGGUUUAGCGAAGGUGCUGCCUGCGUUCGUUGAGAUGGUAGUUCACUCCAUCGGAUGGAUUGCGAUACAGAGACAGUGAUAGGGAUUUCCGUGUUUAAUAUAGUUGUGUGAGUUUGACCAAGUGCUGUUUAUUUGAUUACGAUUGAUAGGAUGGAUACAAAAUUAUUUCCGAAAAAUAUAACCUACUCACGAGGAAGGUUAUAUAUUAAUGUCCGUGAUAUAUAUUUUGAACAAACACAUUUACAGUAACAACAACACUACUUUUAUAUACCUUUCGGGAAGAAGACCUCAGAAAGUGUGUGAAAGAAUAAACAGGAGAAAGCUGCUGCAGGUGA